CCGACUUUCUGCAGUCGCCCCGCGCGUUUCCGGUUCCGCCACAGCCGAGACGGCUCGGUGUUCCCGGAGUGGCGGCGUCUUUGUCCAGCUCUCUGCACUAUGUCCGGUGGCCUCCUGAAGGCGCUGCGCAGCGACUCCUACGUGGAACUGAGCCAGUACCGGGACCAGCACUUCCGGGGUGACAAUGAAGAACAGGAAAAAUUACUGAAGAAAAGCUGUACGUUAUAUGUUGGAAAUCUUUCCUUUUAUAUAACCGAAGAAUAAAUCUAUGAACUCUUCAGCAAAAGUGGUGACAUAAAGAAAAUCAUUAUGGGCCUGGAUAAAAUGAAGAAAACAGCAUGUGGUUUCUGCUUUGUGGAAUACUAUUCAAGAGCAGAUGCAGAAAAUGCUAUGCGGUACAUAAAUGGAACUCGUCUAGAUGACCGACUCAUUCGCACAGACUGGGAUGCAGGCUUUAAAGAGGGCAGGCAGUACGGCCGUGGACGGUCGGGUGGCCAGGUACGAGAUGAGUAUCGGCAGGACUAUGAUGCUGGGAGAGGGGGCUAUGGAAAACUGGCCCAAAACCAGUGAGUGGUGAGAAACCCAUCAUGAAAAACUCACUCCUUUGGCCUGCUGUAUUUGACAUACAUUACUCAAAGUCUGCAAACCCGCCCGUUUUUACCAAGCUUUGAUCAAUGUCUGAGCCGGAGGCCUCUUCGUGGUUUUCCUCUGAAAAUUAUUAAAGGACAGAAUCCAAAAGAAUGCCUUUAAUGUCUUAGAAUAUUGGCCAUGUGGCAAGUUACCAGAAUGAUUUUCUUACCAGGUCAAAAACUGUUCCUUGGCAACAGAUUUGAUUUAUAAUGUUGAUCAGCCCAAAACACCAUACUUCUUUUAGAAAGACUGGAAAAAUUUGUUUACCAUGUUUGCAUCUAAGUAGGCUCAUGGUUUACAUUGGGGCCUGGAAUUAUUUUUUAAAUUCUAAAUUUUCAUGAGAUAAAGUUUAAUGAACAGAGUUUUGCUAUGUUUUAUAGCUUUGCUCUACGUUAGGAACAGGUAUUUCACAACUGAGUUUGUUUCUAUGUUGAAUUCUAAUCUCUAAAGGCAAACUUAGGAGUCAAGAGAAUGUCCUAAAUAGUUGGUGCAAAAGCAAGCCUUCGUCCCAGGGUAUACAGUCUGCUUACAUGAUAUCAGGAAAUUAGGUACAGAACUUAAAGGGGAUCUACCAAACACAUUUUUCAAAAGAUGUGUUUUUCCUAAAGCUGAAAAAAAGCAAGGGUUUAUACUGCAGAGAAUCCCAAAGAAUCUAAGGGAAAUGGGAUGAAAUAUCAGGGGUCACAAGUUAAAACAUUGCUGUGAGGGCCAUUGCAUGUAUUUUCAUUUUUAGUGAUCUUGGGAAUGGAGUGGGUUUAAGAAGAGCUCAAAAAUCGAAAGAAUGCCUAACAAAAAAUGAUCAGAAAUGCUUCCCUCAGGAAAUGUGUUUUGGCCAGUUCUCAUGUGGAAGUCUGUCUUGUUUUUUCCCUAAUUGUGCUGAGUUUCAGAGCCUCGAUAGUGAAUUGAUGGUCUCUACAGAGAGGGGAGUCUAGAGUAUUUUGCAUUUGUAAGGAAAGAGGUGAUUCCUCUACUAUUGUAUAUGAACAACUGCUCAUUUAAAACGGCUAAACUAUAUAAUUUUCCCUGAUAUAAGUGAAUUUUUUUCAUCUAGGAACAGAGUAUCUCCAAACUUCCCAUAGUUUAUGAACCUUAGGGCUAAGGCAUAUCAAAUGUGAACAUCAUUGACACUACAGUAAGUUGUAGAUUUUCUCAUUAAAUUGAAACUGGUUAUUUGAAUUUUUUUAAAGAGCUACAACUACUUUUAAGUUCUUAGGAAAGAAACCAUUUGCAAAUAUUUAAUUUCAUGAGGACAUACUAUUCAUUUUUUAAAUUUCUUUUUACACUAUAGUUUGAAUUAAUGUAUUUUAUAUUCUUUUGUAGUAAAACAUAACUCAGAUUUCUACAGGCCUUAAAACCACAGACUGUGGUUCUGUUUGAAUUUUGUCUUCUGUAACAAAUUUCAAUAAAGUUGGACCAACUUUA